CCGCCCCCUCGGCUGGCCGCCAUCUUGUUGUUGAUCCGUACCUAGUGGGCAGCGCCGGGAGGUGGUCUGAGCGGCCGGUGUGGGGCCGCUGUUGCGGGGCUUAGCCACCUGCGUUGCCUGCCAGGGGGCGGGUCGAAACCUGGAGGCCCGGGGGGCCCAGCUCCCGUGGGGAGCCGUGGGCGCCCGCUGCCCGGGCCGGCCGGUGAGUGACAGGAGCCGGGCCGAAAGACCGGCCUGACGCCGCGGGGCGGGCGGCGGCGGGCGCGGGGUUGGAGCUGGCGCGCGCAGGGAAGGGGUAUCGGCUGAGCAUCGCUCGAUCGUCCUGACGGGCCGCCCGUGGAGCCUCCUAGAUGCUGGUGCCGAGGUCGGAGGACGGCCUCGGGGUGGAGGUCCGAGAGCCCCGCUCCCGAGGUGUAGCGGGAAACUAGUUUCUGUGACUACAGCCCUGGGCUCCGCUGACCCGCAGCGCUGAAACGUGUCCAGUGCCAGCUUGAUGCUCUCCGGGGUCUUGUGUUGUUCCCAGGAGUGGUGCCUGCCUCCCCAGACUAGAUUGAAAAGAUCCAUCUUGGAACUCUUCUUGGAACCAGGAGAGAAGAAUAAGCUGAACAGACUCUGACCGUUGGUUUUCAGCUCGCCAGGAUCUUCUACCUAGCUCUCCUUUCGUGGCUCAUGUGCUGCAUCCUCUGCUCUCAGUGUGCAACUGGCCCCCAACGCAAUGUGUGUUUGUCAAACCAUGGAAGUGGGGCAGUAUGGCAAGAACGCAAGUCGGGCCGGAGACCGGGGAGUCCUCCUGGAGCCCUUCAUCCACCAGGUGGGCGGACACAGCAGCAUGAUGCGCUACGACGACCACACUGUGUGCAAGCCCCUCAUCUCCCGGGAGCAGCGCUUCUACGAGUCCCUCCCUCCCGAAAUGAAGGAGUUCACCCCUGAGUACAAAGGAGUGGUGUCAGUCUGCUUUGAGGGGGACAGUGAUGGUUACAUCAACUUGUUGGCCUACCCUUAUGUGGAAAGUGAGACCGUGGAGCAGGAUGACACACCAGAGCGGGAGCAACCUCGGCGUAAGCACUCUCGCCGGAGCCUGCACCGGUCAGGCAGUGGCAGUGACCACAGGGAGGAGAAAGCCAGCCUGUCCCUUGAAACCUCAGAGAGCCCCCAGGAGGCAAAGACUCCGAAGGUGGAGCUACACAGCCACUCGGAUGUCCCUUUCCAGAUGCUGGAUGGCAACAGCGGUCUGAGUUCCGAGAAGAUCAGCCACAACCCUUGGAGCCUGCGCUGUCACAAACAGCAGCUGAGCCGCAUGCGCUCCGAGUCCAAGGACCGAAAACUCUACAAGUUCCUCCUGCUUGAGAACGUGGUGCACCACUUCAAGUACCCCUGUGUGCUGGACCUGAAGAUGGGCACCCGGCAGCAUGGUGAUGAUGCAUCAGCUGAGAAGGCAGCCCGGCAGAUGCGGAAGUGCGAGCAAAGUACGUCAGCUACGCUGGGUGUCAGGGUCUGUGGCAUGCAGGUGUACCAGCUGGACACGGGGCAUUACCUCUGCAGGAACAAGUACUAUGGCCGUGGGCUCUCCAUUGAAGGCUUCCGCAAUGCCCUCUAUCAGUACCUGCACAAUGGCCUGGACCUGCGGCGUGACCUUUUUGAGCCCAUCCUGAGCAAACUGCGAGGCCUGAAAGCUGUACUGGAGCGGCAGGCCUCCUACCGCUUCUACUCCAGUUCCCUGCUUGUCAUCUAUGAUGGUAAGGAGUGCCGGUCUGAGUCCUACCUGGACCGCCGGUCCGAAAUGCGUAUCAAGCACCUGGACACAGGGCUCCCUGAGGUGGCACCAUCCUGUGGCCCUAGCACCAGCCCCAGCAGCACCAGCCCCGAGGUGGGCCCCUUCUCUCCACCCAAGGUGGAUGUCCGCAUGAUCGACUUUGCACACAGCACAUUCAAGGGCUUCCGAGAUGACCCCACUGUGCAUGAUGGGCCUGACCGAGGCUAUGUGUUUGGCCUGGAGAACCUCAUCAGCAUCAUGGAACAGAUGCGGGACGAGAACCAGUAGGCCCAGCUCUGGGCUUCCAGAACCCCUUCCUCUCCACCCUCAGGCAGGGACCAUUGCUCUGAACUCGCCAUGAGGACACACAGACUUGCUUUUAAAAGGGUUAUAUUUCUCUUUGGUGUAAACUAAAAGAAAUGUUUUUAGCUGUAGCCUGGAAUCCAUAUAUAUAAAGUGAAGGAGGGCAGAACACAUCCUCUCAGCCAGGCUUCCUAGCUCUAUGGUUCUGACUGCUGUGUCCAGGCUGACUUAGGAAGGAAGAGAUACCCCUGGUGGGCUUGGCAGCAGGGACAGGUUGCCCUUGGACAUUGGUUUCUCUUGCCUAGGUCUUUGGGGUCUGUGGCUGCAGGGUCCUGCUAGUUGUGGGGUGAAGCCCUGGGUUGGCUCAGGGCCCCUCCAUGCUCACUCAUCCCUUGUUCCCAGUAGUAGAGGGUUGGGUGCCCAUCUCUUGGGGGACUUUGUAGCUUGUGUUGUGGGUAUCAUCCAGGUCUGUAACAGAUGUCCCCAGGGCACCACAGGGCCAACUGCACACAGCUGGACCCUUCUCGGUUCUGACCUUGGCAUGAGGCUAGAUUCAUGAAGCUGUGCUGAAGCCAGCAAUGAUAGAGGGCAGGCCCUGGGAUCCCCAGGCACUAUUUGGCACUUGAACCUGCUCCUCCUCCUGCCUGCACAGCCCAGCCAGCGUUUCUCACCAAGAUCCCUUGCCUAAGGAGGCCAUCCCCUCUUGCCCCACUGGAGGGGGCCCUGCUCUGUUUGCUGAGGAGAGUCAGUGUUCCAGCAGGCCUCAGGGCCUCUGAUGGCUCUGACCCAGCUAGUAUUUGCAGUCCUUGUGCUGUGGGUAGGAGUCCUCUUCCUCUAGCUUGGGCAGCUGUGCUGCCUUGGAUGGGCGGCUCCUUCCAGGGCUCAAAGGCUGUGGUCCGCUCAGGGUCUCACCUCUCCCCAGGCCAAGCUCAAGGCAGCAGCCCAUGUGAGGAGCUCCAGGCUUGUGAGGGAGAACUUUAAGCUUGUUUGCUUAUAGGGACAUUGGGUGCUGGGUGCAGGUGCCCAGAUUCUGCUAAUGAGAGUUUUGUCUUAUCAGUACUGGGGUCCAUCAGUCUGUCCAUUUGUCCAUCUACCAGCCCCUGUGAUCUUUCCCCUGGGGUGUAGCCUUGUUCAUUAGUAAAUAUUGAUUUUCUUCAUGCUUCCCUCAGCAAAAUAUUCUCUUUACCAUUUCUGAGGUGAGCUUUUGCCCCUGUGCCCUUCCUCAGCAGGUGCUACCUUUUCUAAAAGAACUGGUAGCAAAAUGAAUUGGAGGAGGUGUUUCCCUGCUGGCCCAACACCCUCUCUGUGAGCCUGGAGUGUGGCCCCCUCAACACUCAACACUGACAGUAGCACAGUGAAGGCCCAGGGGGUGACCCAUUCCUUGCCCAUAACUUUUGCUGCCAGCCCUUAAUGGCACAGAGACCUGCCACCUCUAACACAUGUGGCCAGGUGAUACUGCACUCACCUAGCCAUUGCUGAGGUUAGUGCUCUCACCUCUGAGUCUAGGGCCACUGUCAUUGUCACUUUUAGCAUGUCCCUAUUGGGGCAUUAAUGGUAAGCCUGCCAGCCUGUGUCUCUGAGAGGCCUUGGUAACUGAUGGACUAAUUUCCUGGUCCUUAGAGAUGCAGCCCCACACAUCUUAAAUGGGCUCCUUGAUGGGAUCCCAUCUCUCUCGGCCCUCUGACCCUGGUGCCAUUGGUGGGCAGGUUCCCAUUCCUUGGGGCUAGGAGGGGCAGCUUGCCUGUUUCUGGUCAGUAAUGACCAUCUUCUGUACUAUUCUGUGGCUUCAUCCAUGGGGGCAGUAGCUCUUCAUUAGUGUGGAUAGUCAUUUCCUGGUAAGGCAGAGGCUAAAGCAAAGGGUCUGGGGCCACUCGGGACCCACUUGAUGGCACCUCUCCAGCCUGGGGAUGUGCUGUGCUUCCUGAGUCUGUAUAUUAUGGGAGAUGCUGCCCCAUUCCGCUCUUCAUCGCGAGAGAGGCUGUACCGACUUAAAUUCAGUGUUUGCCUGGCACUAAAAGAGCAGGGCUGGGAUUUGCUGCUUCUCCCCCAGGGCAGGGUCCCUUGUUUUCAGUACUUUUGAACACUUGGGAGACACAGCCCUGUUUUCUGGUGGGUGGUGGGCAUGUGUGUCUGCACACGCUCUUUGCCACCAUUUCGCCCUGUUCCAUGCUAGAGAGCCCUGUCCCUGCCAGGCCCUGCCUUCCCAGCCCCAACUUGGGACCAAAGUGCAAGAUGGGAUCACGGGUUGGGGCGUUCAAGCGACCCCUCUCUAUAGUGCUUCCCUGGGCGAAGUCGACACCAGCCCCCUAGCGGGGUGGGAUGGGCGGUGCUUAAAGAGGAAGGGGACCAGUUUUGCAACUUGCCCGGGACGCCACCCCUCCCUCACAUCCGGGCCUGUACAGUGGGCGUGGGGAUUCUCCUUAAGGGGCCAAAGGCCUGGGCUAGUUCGUAUCCUUUGCUCACUUGCUCACAUCCCGCCACGUGCACCCCCCCCUAGAUGCAGAUUGCUUGAACUUUUAAAACUGUUCAAUUUGGUUUUGUUUGUGCCGAUUUAAAAAAUGUUUUAAUGGGGAAAAGUUUGGGGAGAACCAAGGGAAGGGCCUGGUAUCUUUGCUUCUCGGGGAACUGCAAGGCCUCGCCUGGAGGACCGCUCUCUACUCCACUUUCCUGGAAGCUGCCUAAGCCUGUCUACGCCGCCCGAGCCCUGCGCCCGGAUAUGACACGUGGCUCCGGUCGCGUCUGGGCGCGGUUGCGUUUUCUCGGGACCUUGCGUGCAGGGGAGGGGCUGCUCCGGCAUUGGGCUGAGCCUGCCCCUUUCUGUACACCUAGCGCUGCCCGCCCCGCUUGUGUCUGAGGUCGUGUAUGUCAAAAUAAAGCCGCUAGAAACCGA